AGUCCAAUAAGCAUGCGCUUCCGAGAAAGGUCACCCAAUCGGAUCGCGGCUAGGCGGUUCCCUCGUUCACAGUGUUUCUGGCAUGCAGCGGGCCGGGAUGUGGCAGCGGGCAUUUCGAGGGGCUUCAGCGGGGGUCCUGGGUUGGUUGCGCUCCCGCCUGACACCCCUGUGCUGGAAUGGAUGCACCAGGCAGCGCAGCGCCCGGGCCCUCGUUCGCGGGCUACGGUACAGUUACAGGCCGGGGAGGACGGGCAGGCUCCUGGCAGCGCUCACCGGGGCCUUCUUAUGGGAAGAGGAGCGAGUACGAGAAGAGGAGAUCCUAAGGUCAGCCGAGGACAUGAAGCGCAUGAGGCCGGGGGUUAAUACAUUCCAAGGGCAGAUUUCUGCCAACACUGAAGACCAGGGAUGGGAACUGGUGGUGGACAAAAAGGAUUUCAAACUAUGGAGGCGCCCAAUUGAAGGGACGCACCUGUAUCAAUACAGAGUGUAUGGGUCGUACAGAGACGUCACCCCUCGUCAGUUCUUUAACGUUCAGCUGGAUACAGAAUACCGCAAGAAAUGGGACGCACUGGUCAUUAAACUGGAUGUCAUUGAGCGGGAUACAGUCUCUGGAUCGGAAGUCAUUCACUGGGUUACUCACUUUCCUUACCCCAUGUAUUCACGGGAUUACGUCUACGUAAGGAAAUAUCACGUUGAUCAAGAAAAUAACCUUAUGGUAUUAGUAUCUAGAGCGGUGGAACAUCCCUCCAUUCAGGAAUCUCCAGAUUACGUCCGAGUGCGCAAUUACCAGUCCCAAAUGGUUAUCCAGCCUCACACGUCAUUUGAUGAGAAUGGCUUUGAUUACCUGCUGACCUACAGUGACAACCCACAGACUGUAUUCCCACGCUAUUGUGUCAACUGGAUGGUGUCUAGUGGAAUGCCGGAUUUUCUGGACAAAUUACAUAUGGCAACUGUGCAGGCUAAGAACCAGGAGAUUAAAGUGAGAGAUUACAUCUCCUUCCGCCCCCAGGACUGUGUCAGUGAGAGCAGAGCCAGCCCAGAAAGGAAAAACGCUGCUGCCCAUCCUGCACCGCACAUGGAAUAUGCGUAACGCGGCCUGAGGAAUUCUUCAUUUCAUUGUCAGGGCUCUGUGGACCUUGGACAGAUUAGGGCACUAGCUCCUACAUAUACCAAUGGCCAACCGAAACUGGAAUAUUGCUGAACCCCAUACAAGGCACUGGUUCACCUUUGGCUUUAAAUCACCCAAUGCACUGUGAACUUUAAGGACAUCUUGUUAGGGGCAUGAAGAGUUAGUCGGUAUUACAGGUGCCAUUUUAUGGGGGAUAUCUGUGUCUAAAGGGUGACCGUUGUCAUAAAUGAUUGUAAUUCACUGGUGAUAGCAGAUGUUGCGCACAGUGAGCUGGCAUGCUUCUAUUGGUCUCUUUUUAUAUUUUUGUUUUACUUCCACCACUGGUAUAUUCACUAACACAACUUGUUUAAAGACAGAGAGCAGUGCAUAGUGACCCCAUUUUCCCCCAUCGGCCCACCCAUCAUGCCUGAAUUAUAACAGAUUCUGGAAGACAAGCAGGAGGCGUCCCUUCAUAUACACGCACGAUUAUAUUUUCUCUGAGGGCCCUCGAAAAGUGCCUUAAGUCUGGGUCCCGGUUUAUCCUGCUUGUAUGAUGGAGUCAAGGCUUUAGGACAGACCUUGGAUUGGAUGUUUGACUCAAACGGGGUUAUGUAAUAUAGGGCACUAAUUUUUCCCAGGACCAGUAACCCAUAACAACCAAUAACAAGGCAACAUUUACUGGUCACCUGUUUACAAGCAAACAUCUUAAUGGUUGCCCUGGGUUACUGCUCCUGGGCAAGAUUAGUGCCUUUUAUUACAUAUGGGGGAAAGACUUUUCUCUUGAAUGCAAAAAAAUGUAUAUGAUUGAACAUGCACAAAGAAUUGAUAAGCAAAUGAAUGUUUAGAAUCAUUGCCAGUUCUGCAUGAUAGGGAAUGGUUAAUCUACAAGUGUGACCAAACACUUUGGUGUGCACCAUUUAGAUGACAUGUGGUGUGGGGACAGGGAAUUGGGUGAAAUGUAAUAGUUCUGCCGCACACCUGUAAUUCACUUAAACUGCAGUGGUGGUGCUGGUCCUCUGUUGACCCGGCCGGAUCCCUUAGCAACAGCAAUCGAUUAGAAACUGAUCCGCACACACACGAGAUUAUGCAGUUGGGGAAUUGGCCCCUUUUAUUGUGCCACCAGAAAUAUCAAUGUUCCCUCCCUCCCUUCAUCAGGGAUUUGAGGCCAUCUCCAUAGUUAACCCCCCCCUCUCCAUUUCACUGAACAAAUGAAAUGCCUGUAUAAUAUAUACCAAGGGCUAAUUAAGCGUCCAGCCAUUAGCUGCAUAACAUUUUUUAUAGAGGUGUAUAUAGCAUGUGCUUCACUACAGACUCGAAGCCGUGAAUCAUUAUUCACAAAGGUUGGGGUGGCUGUUUAUCAGCGCAAUACCUUAAGGAAUAUAAAAGUAACACGGAGAACAGUAUGUGUUGUACUAAAGAUCCUGCCUCCUCCAGAAAAAUUCUUCAGAGGGGGGGGGGGGACAUGCUUUAAAAUUAUGCUAUAAAAUCCCACCUACGCUAAAAGCGAUGUACAAACCCGCCACUUACAAAUCCCUCACCUGUACAGGAAAAAAAUGAAUCAUCGUAUUCAUGGAAUGCACAAAACAAUUGCUCAAAGGUGCAAUUUUCCACCCAAAAAGCAUUUUGAGAACAAAAUUAUAAAUCACAGCACUUAGAAAUUCAGCUUUUAUGGGUUUUUUUUCUUUCUUUUCUUUUCCCUCUUGGUUUGUAUUGUGAAAUAUGCCUCGGAACACAACUACCGCCUUUAAAGGGGUCGUUCACCUUCCAAACACUUUUUUCAGAUUGUCCCCCAGAAAUAAAGACUUUUUUUUCAAUUGCCUUCCAUUUUUUAAUUUUUUUUUUCCAAAAUCUAAGUUUAAAGUUGAAUGUUCCUGUCUCUGGUGAUUGAGUCUGGCAGCUCAGUAAUUUCCAGUGCAGAUAAUAAACUGUUACAGUUUUGCAACAUUUACUUGAUACAUUUCGCAGACGUAUCUGGGGAAUAUUCACAACUAUUGUAUCAAUUCUAACAGCUGCCUUUAAGGAAAUCCAGGGAUUCUGCUAAGCGGUGACAAAGAUAAGUAGUGUAUCAAUUUAGAAUAGUUUACAGGGUCGGCGACCCCCCCAUCCCAGAGCAGUUUUAGAAGGUGAAAAAGGAACUUUACACUUUAAUAUUAGAAAAACAAACACACAUAGAAAACAGAAAGUAAUUGGAAAAAGUCUUUAUUUCUGGUGAAUAAUUUGAAACCAACAGAACUGGAAAAAGUGUUGGAAGGUGAACAACUCCUAAUGGACCAACCUGUUUCCAAAUUCUAAUUUUCAUGUGAUUGUUGAAUCACUUUCCCAAUUCUCUGUCCUGCCUGGUGGUCUGGUGAGAACAAGGAUUUUCAGCCUGUGUUGUCCAUACCCGGAGCUAGAACUCCCUUGGGAGGGACACAGGUUUUAGUAUGUUAUGCAAUGUCCUAUUUGUAGCAACUUUGCCAUUGGUCUACAAUAUUUUUUAAAUAGUUUCUGAGUAGUGAUGGGUGAAUUUAUUCGCCAGGUGUGAAUUUGUAGCGAAUUCCCGCGAUUCGCUGCUGGUGAAACGAGAUGCCAGUGCCGUUUCACUAAUUUUUUGCUGAAGCGAGACGGGACAAAUUCGCCCAUCACUAUUUUUGAGUGAACUACCUUCCUCUUCUGCCUCUUGUCAGCCUUCAAUGGAGGUCUCUGACCCCAGCAGCCAAAAACAACUAUUGCUCAAUGAGACUACAAUUACAUUGGUAUUAUUACUUUUUAAUUCUUAUCUUCCUAUCCCCUCACUCUCAUAUUCAUAUCCAAAUCUUUCAAUCAAACCCUUUCCUAGUUGCUAGGUUAAAUCAGACCCUAGCAACCAAAUAGCUGCCGAAAUACUAAAUGGCGAGUGCUGCUGAAUAAAAAGCUAAAUAAGUGGGAAAAAAAACCCACAUACAGUAAAAUAAAAGAUCAAUUGCAAAUUGUCUCAAUACCAGUGUCUACAUUAUACUAAAAGUAAAUUUAAAGGUAAACUACCCCUUUCAGUAGCAAUGACAUUCCAGGUGUUGUUCAAAGGGGUACUAAAAGCUGGAAUUAAAGGGAAAUAAAUAUGACCCUCUCUAUAGGAAGUCCUCCCCAUGACCCGCAUGUUAAAUGGGAGCAAUUAAUUUGGCCAGGAAAUUAAGGGUUAUGAGUUUACUUCACUUAAGACAAGAUUUUGUCAUUGAUCGGUGGAGAGGGGUGGGAGUUCCAGUUCCAUUUUAUUAUCACCUGUUUUUUUACAUAAAGUAGAAAAUAUCUGGCCUUAUUGAGAAACAAACCUUGUGUGUAAAAUAGUAGGAAACAAGUUCUUGUGUAGUUUGCUUAAAAAGGAUUUUAAUGCAAAAGUGCCCAGGAGAGCAGCUUCUACUUACUGAAUUGUAUUCCAGGUUUUAGUUCCCCUUUGAUGCUUAUGGGGCUAGAGACAGGAAUACGCUCAAAGGCCGUUCUUCAUUGUUCUAUUUGUACUAUGGGUAGAUUUUUUUUUGUUUUUUAAUUUAAGCGCGAGUGAUUAAAUGUACUCAUUUGUACAA